AUGGUCGUCUGCGUAUGCGGAACGACCUUCGCCACGGACGCGGGCAUGCAGACUCACCUGAGGAGACUGCGAUGUCGCGGUCCACCGGCCAGCGACGCUGACGCGUGCCCUAUCUGUGGGAGUCGCUUCCGCGGUUAUCGCGGCGUUCGACAACACAUGAGACAGGCACACCAACCGGGAUCUGGAGGAUCGGUACGAGAUUCCUGGGGAAGGGAAGCCAAGUACAAAGAAGUCAUCCAGCGUCUCGCGGGUGAGAAUGCGGGGCCGUCGAGUGACGCCGUUGAAGUAUUUCAACGGAUGUCCGAAGCGGUCGCUGCGCUCAUCCAAUCCCCUGCGGAUGCGGCCGCUACCUCUGAGGCCUCGGUGGUCGUUGAGUCUAGUGCGGAGUUGCACAGCAGUGGGUUUCUGAACCCGAAUGCCUCGGACUUCCAUCCGUUGAGACAAACACAUAAAAUCGUUCUCUUCUUGAGAGAUUAUUGGGCGGCUCAAGGUGGAUGGGUCGAUGCCGAUGAAGCGGUCUAUAACAUGACGCAGCUUGUCGACACCCAUAAUCAAAGAGAGAGGGUGAGAGAGAAACUAGCCAUCUACCUGAAGGCUCUGCUUCCGCAGAUGUCCGACAGGCUAGGGGGGAGUCAGACGUUUCCCAACGUUCAGUCUGCCGAAAGUAAGUUUCGGCAGAUUUUCAGUCACCCCUCAAAGAAAGACGUAGAGGACAUCAAGGGCAAGCAAGAGGCUCAGGACUUGUCGAGCCCGAUUUCGGAGAAUGAAAUCGUAUGGGCUCUCGGGGCAAACAAGUCGCCUUCCGCUGGGGUCGAUGGUGUCAAAAUCAAAGACCUCAUGAAGGUGCCUCUGAAGAGGCUUGUCUUUUUAUUCAACUCCAUGCUUCUCUUUGGCGUCGCUCCGUCGGCGCUGAAGAGAAACCGGACGAUUCUGAUACCAAAGGGGGGUGACACAGAUGAUAUUAAUAACUGUCGCCCGAUUACCAUCGCCUCGGUGGCUCUAAUUAAGGAGAGACGAAAGAGUUUGAAACCUUAUACUAUCCUUAGUGUCGAUGUGCGUAAAGCCUUCGACACUGUUUCUCAACAGUCCAUCGUGAGAGCGAUGAAGAGGCUCGGGAUAGACGAGACUACUAUUCGGUAUGUGGAGGAUUCUUUUGAAGAUGCCACUACCGUAGUGCAGCUCGGGAGGAGUAUGACCGGAGAGAUCCCAAUAUGUAGGGGAGUGAAGCAGGGCGACCCGCUUUCCCCCUACCUGUUUAACUUCGUCCUCGACGAGUUGAUUUGUGAUCUCCAAGGCGCCGAGGGUGGUCUGCCCGUAAAUGAUACCGCGCGUUUAGCGGUCUUAGGUUAUGCCGACGACCUGCUGCUACUAGCGAAUUCGCCUAAGGAGGCCACUAAGCGUCUCAAGCUGGCUGCAGACUUCUUUACUAGGAGGGGAAUGGGGUUCAACCCCUCCAAAUGCAAAGUGCAAAUAAGCACUCGUACUGUAUCACCCGACCUCUAUUUUGUAUAG